GCCGGCCCGCGGCAGACUGUGCCGCCGCCGCCGCCGCUGCAGCCUCAGCCUCUCGGUUCUGCCGCUCAGGACUUUCUCCUGGGCCUGGGGGCUGGGUGGGAAGCAUCCGGGAGCAGCCGCGCGGACGGCCCCGACAGUGUGAUCGACUCGCCGGCCUCGGCCCCGGCCAGACCCCGCUCCUCGGCGCGCGAGGGGCCGCGGCGGUUGUGGCGGUGCUGCCCGGCAUGUUGCAGAGCCCGCGGCGGCUCUGCUCCGCCCUGCUGCAGAGGGAAGCCCCCGGCCUGCGCCGCCUGCCCGUCCCCGGGCUGCGUCGCCCCUCGCCCCCGCCGGCGGCUGUCCCCCGGCUCCUGGCGGCGGCCUCGGCGGCCUCGGGCGCUGCGAGGUCGUGUUCCCGAGCAGCGUGUUCCAUGGGAAACGGGACGAGCAGACUCUACAGCGCUCUCGCCAAGACGCUAAACAGCAGCGUUGCCUCUCAGCACGCAGAGUAUUUGGUGUCACCUGACCCUGAACAUCUGGAGCCCAUCGACCCCAAAGAGCUUCUUGAGGAAUGCAGGGCCGUCCUGCACACCCGCCCUCCCCGGUUCCAGAGGGACUUUGUGGACCUGAGGGCAGACUGCCCCAGUAGCCACCCGCCCAUCAGGGUCAUGCAGUGGAACAUCCUUGCCCAAGCUCUUGGCGAAGGCAAAGACAACUUUGUCCAGUGUCCCCUGGAGGCCCUCAAGUGGGAAGAAAGGAAGUGUCUCAUCCUAGAAGAAAUCCUAGCCUACCAGCCUGAUAUAUUGUGCCUCCAAGAGGUGGACCACUACUUCGACACUUUCCAGCCACUCCUCAGUAGACUGGGCUAUCAAGGCACAUUUUUCCCCAAGCCCUGGUCACCCUGUCUAGAUGUAGAGCACAACAAUGGCCCAGAUGGCUGUGCCUUGUUUUUUCUCCAAAAUCGAUUCAAGCUCGUCAACAGCGCCAAUAUUAGGCUGACGGCUAUGACCCUGAAAACCAAUCAGGUGGCCAUCGCACAGACCCUCGAGUGCAAGAAAUCGGGUCGGCAGUUCUGCAUCGCCGUCACCCACUUAAAAGCACGCACCGGCUGGGAGCGGUUUCGGUCAGCGCAGGGCUGUGACCUCCUCCAGAACCUGCAGAACAUCACGCAAGGAGCCAAGAUUCCUCUUAUUGUUUGCGGGGACUUCAAUGCGGAGCCAACAGAAGAGGUCUACAAACACUUUGCUUCCUCCAGCCUCAACCUGAACAGCGCCUACAAGCUGCUGAGCGCCGACGGGCAGUCGGAGCCGCCCUACACCACGUGGAAGAUCCGAACCUCGGGGGAGUGCCGGCACACGCUGGACUACAUCUGGUACUCUAAGCACGCGCUCAGCGUGAGGUCUGCGCUGGAUCUACUCACCGAAGAACAGAUUGGACCCAACCGGCUACCGUCCUUCAAUUACCCCUCAGACCACCUGUCGCUGGUGUGUGACUUCAGCUUUAACGAGGAAUCCGAUGCACUUUUAUAAAAAGGCCUGCCUGCAUCUGUGUGAUCACAGGUCUUAACCAGGGAUGUUUCAGGAAACUGAAAUAGGAUACGAAGUUGCCUGAGGAAGGAUUCCUAGUUUCUAACGCUUCACUUUCCAUGUUGCCAGCAUGCCCUUGGGAAGUUAGUUCACAAACCCUUUCCAUUAAAGCCUACAGCAGAUAAAGCUGUUUGCACUCCAGUUCUGGCUUGUAUUCUUUCCUUUCCCUCAGCAUUACAACUUGAUCAUGUAAGGGCAUUAAAUUAGGCUCAUUUCCAGUUCGAGGAUGCUGUAAAAACUCCUCCGUCAGUAACAAGUAUGUAGGAGUAAUUUCUCUAGACAGCGUUUCAGGUUAUUUAUUUGUGGGUUUUUAAUAUGUCAGCAAGACAUGCAUGGCAAUAUUUAUUUUUUUAUAUCUUCAUGUAGAAUUAAGUAAAUGAAUUAGCAUCAUGAACAUUUUAGAACCACGCAAAACACAGGCCGUAAUAAUAUGUGUACAAAGGCACCAUGUGGCCUGCAAGUCUUUGUUAUUUAAGUGUAUCAGGUCUUGAUGCAUUCUUCAUUAACUAAUCCUUGCUCUGCCUCCAUGUUCCCCAUUAUUGUGUUUCUGGAAGAUAUUUCCAAUUAGUCCCCAAUUAUUUUAAUCAAUUAAUUUUUGUUGUUUAAUCACUGUUAUGUAUGUAUGCAUUUCUACUGGAAUAAUACUGGUAUACAUUUUAGUGCUCCUCCCCGUCCUUUGUACUGGAACGUUUUCCACGUAGGUUAUUUAGCAGCUGUUAUGUUGCAGUGGCUAAGAGUCAGUGGGCCCUUCUGUUCAGAUGGGAAACUUUCUAGAAAGUCUGUUAAUGGGCUGUCAUUGAAACUGCCCAAGAUUACUGGUUCAAAACAUCUAGAAAGCAGAAUGUGGAAAAGUAGAAAGAUAUUCUGUCAGAAAUGAAAGUGGUAAAAAUAACAGGCGAAGCCUCUCUAAAUAUUUUAAUGUAUGAGUUGCAAAUGUUUAAUAAAUGGUCUUUUAAAGCUA